AUGACUGGGUCGCAACGCUUUGCGGCUCCACUACCACCACCACUGCAACGAAGGACGGCGCAGAAGGUGCUGGCUGUGUCGGUCCUCUGCCAACGGCCGGGCCGAUUGUUUUUUUUGUCUAACAAUGCCAGCGAUACUCACUGGAAUGACGAGUGCCUCGGGGUGGGUGCCACGGUGUCUACGUGGACGACGACGAAGGUUGAGAAUGGCUUCCGGUUGGCAGGGCGUGGCCACGGAUUGUGUGGCCAGUGGUCAGGCAGGAAGGUAAUGCAGUGUGCAGUUAUGUGGGUGAGGAGCUGA